AUGCUCACCGCCGAUCAUUUAAUCAUCAUGUCGUUCAGUCGCGUCGGCGCGCUUCGACGACGACCGAUGAAGUUCAUCGAUAGCAGCGAGGAGGACGAUGAUGUGUUCAGUCUCGGUCCGCUAAAACACCGCCCGCCGGCGGCGCCGCCAAUGGACCCGAUGGUCCGCGCCACCUCAAUGAACAACAUUGACAAAGCGCGCCAUCCGAUCUAUCGCCUCUCGAAUCCCGAUCGUCGCGCCUCGUGCAUCGAUCUCAACAAGGAUGACGAGUUCAAGGUGAUGGUCGCCGACAAGCUGCUCGACGCGAUCGACAAUCUGCGAAACGCCGAGCGUCAGGCGGCGCGUUGGAAGGCGUCGACCGAAUCGCUGGCGUCGGCGAUCAGCAGCAAGCGGCGACACAGUCGCGGUCCGCUAGAGCUUCUACACAAUUUGGUGGCGAAAAAAUCGAUUUCGAAAAAUUUGAAUACCCUUGUCGGUCCGCCAACCCUUAUCUCAUCAACCGUCUCGUUGAAUAACCUUUGUACCACAAGACCGAAUGAGUCAAAAUGCCCGAAUCGGUUGACUCAGGAGCUCAUGAAUGAGAUGCUCACCCGCGUCGGACCCUAUCCUCAAAUCGUGUUGCCUUCCAAUGGCUUCUGGAUGGAUGGUGUCAAUCAGAAUCAUGCUGGAAUGGACGACCAAGUUAUGAAUAUGAAUGUGAACAGUUGCGCGAGAUUCAAACUCGAGACUGAUGAGACGAGCCACUGCUAUCGACGCCAUUUCUAUGGAAGAGAGCAUCACGAUUUUUUCGCCAACGAUCCCGCGGUGGGACCACUCGUGUUGUCGGUGCGAACCGAGGUGAUCUCAUCGUGCGAUCACUUCCGCAUCAUUCUGCGAACACGCAAAGGCACGAUCCAUGAGAUCGUGUCGGCGACGGCGCUCGCCGAUCGCCCGUCGGCCUCGCGAAUGGCGAAACUCCUAUGCGAGGAGAUCACCACCGAGCAAUUCUCGCCGGUGGCAUUCCCCGGCGGCUCGGAGCUGAUUGUGCAGUACGACGAGCACGUGCUCACCAACACCUACAAAUUCGGUGUGAUCUACCAGAAGGGCGGACAGACGACCGAAGAGCAAUUGUUCGGCAACGCGCAAGGCAGUCCGGCGUUCGACGAGUUUCUGUCGGUCAUCGGCGAGACGGUGCCUCUUCAAGGCUUCAAGGGAUAUCGCGGCGGUCUCGACACGGUCCACAACCAAACUGGCCAACAAUCGGUGUACACGCAAUUCAAAGGACGCGAGCUCAUGUUCCACGUGUCGACGAUGUUGCCGUUCACGAUCGGCGACGCUCAACAGCUUCAGAGGAAACGCCACAUCGGCAAUGAUAUUGUGGCGAUCAUAUUCCAGGAAGCGAACACGCCGUUCGCGCCUGACAUGAUCGCCAGCAAUUUUCUGCACGCUUACAUCGUUGUUCAACCCGUCGACGCGCUCACCGAUCGCGUCCGCUAUCGCGUCUCGGUGGCCGCUCGCGACGACGUGCCAUUCUUCGGGCCGACGCUGCCGUCGCCGUCGAUCUUCAAACGCGGACAAGAUUUUCGCAAUUUCAUUCUCACCAAAUUGAUCAACGCCGAAAACGCGGCGUACAAGAGCUCGAAGUUUGCCAAGCUCGCCGAACGCACGCGAUCGUCGCUUCUCGAGGUGUUGUUCAGCACGUUGCGCGAACGCGCCGAAUUCUACGCGACGCCACUUCUCGAGUCGGCGACGAGCGGCGGCGGCGCGUCGCCGCCAUCGCACGCCUCCGGCGGAUUGUUGAGCAGCGUCAAGAAGGCGUUCAUUGGAAGGAGUCGAUCGGUGUCGCAAGACACCAGCACACCGCAUCGCGCGGCAACGAUUUCCACACUCCAACGGCCGUUCUCGAUGAACACCAAGAAGGUGGCGGCGACACGCGAGACGUCGUCGUCGUCGUCGUCGGCGAGAACCCAUUCGCCAUUGAGAGAUGACACAAGUCUGAAGCACACCCGAAAUGAAUGGGAGGCUUCUUCGCAGGAGUCGCCCGAUCAUGAUUCCGACACUGGCAUGGAAUCGAUGUCAUCGACCGAUUUGUCGUCGAAUCAGACGCGCGCCUCCUCGUGCACAUUCUGCGCCGAUGAUUUUCACGCCAAUGAGACGAAGCGGCUCGGCGAGCUCAUCACGGAUGUUGCGCGAUUGCAAAAUGAGAAGCACGACUUGCUGCGACAAAACGUGUCGUGUAAAACGGAUAUCAAAAAGCUGAAGGACAGACAAAGCUGCCUCUCGGAGGAGCUCGACCGAGCCAACGACGAGAUCGCACGCCUUCGCCGAAUGCUCAAGAAGCCUCUCAGCGACAUGGCUCCCGUCCAUCAGCACAUCGAACGAUCCUACUCUGACGUCUCCGUUUAA